AUGAAUCCAAACCAAGACUUAGGAGAGCAUGGAGAGCAUGGAGAGCUUGGAGAGCAUGGAAUUGCUCAUGGAGAAGCAAACAGGCCACAAUUGCCCCUGCAAUCCCCCAGGAUCCUCCCCGUUGAGCCUCAUUCCGAACCAGCAAAUGAACCGCUUGUACCGGAUCACAUACUUAAAGCAAAACCAACCAUAUGGAAGCUUAUCUCGGACUUGUUUAUCUGGGAGAUACUGGCCAUGGUUUUAUCAUCGGGCCUUCUGGUCGCAAUCGUUGUGAUAUUGACACAGUACGAUGAUCGUCCUCAACCGAGCUGGAUGCUAUCACUGAAUUCGGUAAUCUCCUGGUUAAGCACAGUCUCGAAAGGAUGUGUCUUGUUCUCUAUCAGCGAGGGAAUAGGACAGCUUAAGUGGGUGUGGUUCACACGAAAAAGUCGACCCUUGGUUGAUCUGAGUAUCUUCGAUGGGGCCAGCCGGGGGCUAUGGGGCUGUGCAGCCUUAGUUUGGAGACAACGAGCAAAACAUUUUGCAGCCUUUGGCAGUCUAGCUGUCAUCCUCGCGAUCGCCUUUGACCCCUUUGUCCAAAAUUUGAUCCACUACUAUCCUAAACUCAUUGUCGACCCCACAGGGACUGCAAUCGUGUCUAGCAACCCUGCAUACGACGCUUUAGGUCCUCCAUUAAAUAAUGCGGCGUACUAUCUUGAUCCGGCAAUGAAAGCGAAUAUCUACAAUUCGCUAUUCAACAGCGAUUCGUCAAAGCCAUGGCACACUCCACGGUACACCUGUAGCUCAGGAAACUGUACCUGGGAUCCAAUUGCUACACUGGAAAUGAGGGCGAGUUGCACGAACAUAACAGACCGACUGAAAACCAAAUGUGACAAUAUCCUAGAGGGCAAGAAACUGGAUUCAUCAUACAAGAUCUGCACUGUUUAUCUUAAAGAUAGCAGUAGUAAUAUUUCUGCCUAUGUUCAGGAUUCGGGUACACUCUGGGGUGCGCCAGUCUCUAUAGGAUCGGUGGAACCUUUGAUCUACACAAACAGCAUCAUAACUCCUAUCCAACUUGUGGCCCCAGAUAACCUGCUACCGGUUGAAGAGUUAUGGGCACUUGAUUCGAAGAUACAGCCUAAAUGGCAAGCAAUCGAAUGCAGCAUUGAUCCUGUCGUGCACAGCUUUCGCCCAACAGUCAGGCGGGGCGUCUAUCACGAAGAAACCCUGGGCAUAUCGAAGAACGGAUCUUUCGAAAGUCUCUUCAUGGGUAGUAACUACCAUAUGCAUCCCCCCUGGGGGCCGGAUAUGGGUGUUGAGAAAAAUAGAGAUUUUCUGAUAUACAAACGGACCCUUACAGCGAUACGAUAUUUCUUUCAAGACUUCUUCGCCGGCCGAGCACAGCUCGACCCUUUUGGUUUCCACUUUUUACCCAAGAGCGUUCCAUAUCAAUAUGCGAGUGCAGAUUUGAUACAGCUUAUCGCGCUUUCGAACAUCACUGGUUGCGCGGGUGGAACUGCCAAGCAGAUGCACUGUGCUAUGGAUAAUGUCGCUGGAGCAAUGUCAAAAACCAUUCGCGAUACGCCGUCUUCUUUUAACCAGGCUAAUACGACCGGCCAGGCAAUGACGAGCAUGACACAUGUUUCCAUCCAUUGGCAGUGGAUCAUUCUUCCGGUGUUGGUGUGGCUACUGGGCUUUGUCACAUUAUUAGGCACCAUGUGGAAGACCCGCAAAGCUAGGAUUCCCACAUGGAAGAAUGAUACGAUGCCACUCUUAUCUGUGUAUAAGAAUGGCCAGAACGAGAAGCCACAGAGCGAUGAAGUGUCGGAGACUGAGAGGGUGACGUUGUACCAAAGUGAGGGCAAAAUGGUUCUGUCAGGGUAG